AUGAAUGAGAGGAUAAACGUCGAUUCACUACCUUGUUUAUCAAGAGAACAGCUUCUGAAAUUUAACGGAACCGAUGAUACCAAACUAUAUGUAGCUAUUAAAGGCUACGUGUACGACGUUACAGCAAACAGCAAAAGCUAUGGACCAGGAAAGGCGUAUAACAAGCUUGUGGGAAAAGAUGUCGGACGGCUUUUAGGUUUGAACAAGUUGCAGUUGAAAGAAGAAAACGGACGAGUGCCUGACUCCUGGGAUUUGUCAGAUUUGACUGAGAAGCAAUUGGGCUUUAUCGAUGAUUGGAUAGUCUUUUUCAAAAUGAGAUACCCAAUUGUGGCUAAAAUUGAAGAAACGUAG